AUGAAAAUCCAUCAAGUUUUAUUUUUGCUAUUUCUAUUUCUAAAAAUUCCUUUAUCGUUUUCCGAAGCUUCUUUAGAAGUUCAAAGAAUUCAAAACACCACAGGAAUAACAAUAUUCCAAAAAACUCUUCAAAAUGCUCAUCAAAGAUGUUAUCGUUUUGUGACACCAUUGAAAAUUGCCAAAUUGAAUAAUCCACCAUUUUAUGAAUUGUCCAAAAAAAUGUUGAAAACUUUGUCUAGAAAAUGGGAUAAAAGGAGAUAUCAAGUGUAUAUUAAUGAAACAUUGGUGGAACAAAAUCCGGUGCAUUUUUUCAAAAUGGCUUAUUCCAGUAUGGUUAGUUUUAAAACACCAUUUGUGAAUCAGUUAUGAAUUGUUUCAGGAAAAUUUAGUCGAACUGGUUGUCUCAUUUUGCCUGACCGCAUUAAUUAUGAUCGGAUUGAUUUUGACAAUUCGAUUGUCACCAGGAAUAUUUGAUAUUUUGGACGAAUAUUUGAAUUUCAUUGGGAAUUUUCGAAUUUCUACAGUAAUUCCAGUGUUAUUCAUUUAUUUUCUAUUGGCUUCAACGGUUGAAUUUACAAAUUCAGUAAAUAUUGCAGAAGAUCGACUAAUAAUUGGACAUAAUUGGCAUCAUGAAUUAACAGAUAGUUGGUUUUUUAUAACAUCGAAAAUAGGGUUCCCAUCAAAAAAUUUAAUAAUUUUCAGAGCAUGGAGACUUGAUGAAAGAGAAAAUCGCCCAAUUCAGAUGUGUUAUCACAACUUAUUGGCAAGUAAUGGCUAAAUUUGAGGACUGGGUAAAUCCAUAUGAUUUUUAUAAGCCAAUUUUGCUCAACGAAACUGACAUAUUCUUCAAAAAUCAAUCGAAAUCAUUGGGUGAAUAUUUGAAAGAAACAUAUACUGAUGAUAAAAAAAGAGAACAUGUUUCGAAUAAAAUCACUCAAAAAUUUGUGGAUGAAAUGCAUAAUUAUAAAAAUGGUCAGAAAAAACAUAAAUUGAGAGAUCGAACAGAUGAUAUGAGCGAUAUGUUGACUUCGUAUUAUACCAACACCUUACAACUUCCGGUAACUUUUUUCAAUCCGUCUGAAAAAGCACCGAAAAAUUCCUGGAAACUACUAAACUGAUACUGUAACUCAGAAUUCGCAAAAAUACUUUAAGAGACGUUUUUUGCAAAAUGGUGAAUUUUAAUGAAGGAGCUCGGACAACAAAAAAAGGUGUAAUUUUAGAAUCGGCUCAAAUUUUUUUUAUUGAUACAUGGAUGGAUGGUGAACAUUUUCCACCAUAUUUUUUUCCAUAAAAUCGAUGCACCAAUUUGGUGGGGGGUGAUGAAUGCGAAAAAGGGCAUUUUUUCAAAAAAUCAGAACUCAGCUCAAACUUCAUAUUUUUUGAUGAUCAAAAAAGGAUUUUGUAGCUCUUGAGACGCUCUUUACUCCUGAAUUUACUAGAAUUGCCGAAAUCCAAAAAUAAAUUUUCAAUAUUGAUGGAAAAAUUUUGACGCUAAUUUUCCCUCCUUAAACGCCAUUUCCGCAAUUUCUAACUCGAUCCAUUAGAUCCGCCUUGCAAUUUUACGUCGGAUUAGUCGAAAAAAACGGAAAAAAAGGGGGCCCUCAAAAAAGUUCUAUUCCAGCUUCUAAUUUUCAUUCUGACGCGCGCAACACACAUGUGUGUAUUUUGUGUGCGCAUGCUCCCACAUAUGUGUCUGUUGUGUGUUUGGUGCUUGAAAUAUACAAGGGUACUGUAGUGUGUGUAGUUUUUUUUGUAUUUUAAUUGUAGAUUUAACAUCUGGGGAGGUAAGAAAAACCCCGGAGGAUUUUUACAUGCAAAAAUGUUUUUCCUGGGGGUGGACCUUUUUUGAGAAUUUUUUCGGUUCUGAACUUUGAAAAAUUGUAACUUUACUUAUAGUGGACGAAAAAAAUCGAACAUAAAAGCUAAACAAAGCUUAUAUUUCGCUCUAUGAAUUCAGCUAAUGGACAGUUAUAUGGACUGGAAAAAUUGUUGUAACAAACUAAUUUUUUUGACGUACAAAAUUCGAAAUUUUCAAAAAAAAGGAAAAUUCGGAACAUGUCAGCCCUUUAUAAAUUGAAAAUUGGUGAGAGUGAGGUAGACUCAGAAUCAGUUAAAAAAAAUGAAAAAAUCCAUAAUUUUUGAAAUCCCUGUUGCUGCACAUAUUUUUUUCCGAAAUAAGUUGACAAGGGAACCUUUUUUACUCAACACUUCAAAUCAUGAUGAAACAGCUUUUGGGACCAUAAGAACACCCUUAAAAUUUCAGUCUCCCAAUGGACCUCUGAGCCAAGUUCUGGGCUUUCAAAAACUCAAAAAAGGCCUAAAAAUGGUCAUAAAAGUCAUCAUAGCUCCAUUUCAAAAUUUUUUUUUAGAAAAAUGAAGUUUCAGAUAUUGAUCAGCAUAGUCGAUUACCUAAAAGUGAAUCAAUAAAAAUUAUUUUUUCGAAAAAUUUUGAAGUUUUUUAUUUUUCGGCUGAAAAUUCAUGAAAAUUCAUGUGCCCCUGCUCAUUCUUUUUUUCAAAAUCAAAAAUUUUUCUGAAAAUUCGAUUUAUUGAUGGUUUUUGGGUAAAUCGACCACGCUGAUCAUCAUCUGCUACUCAUGUCUUCAAGACUUGACAUAAAAUCUAUCAAGACGCAGUACCAAGUGAAAGUUCUUCAGGCAACUUUGCUAGACAUAUCAGCUCUUCUGGUGCUGAUAGAAAUCGCGUACACUUCAUUUUUGAUUCCCUGAAACUUCUCCCAAAAAUUAUUUUUUUAGAUAAUAUUUUUCAUGUUGUGAGGAAUCGAUCCAGUGAACUUUUUUCACGUUUUUAACUUUACUUAAAAUUGCAGCCUGCAGAAAACACUAUUUCUGUUUAUUUUUGCAAGAGAAAAGCAUAAAAUCGAUGUUCAGAACUUCUGGGAACCCGGAAACCUAUAGAUUCUAACAUUUUUAUUACAUUACGGAAAUAUAUAUACGUUAUUUCGAAUCAAGACCAUAGAACACUUGACACUUUUUCUAAAAAUAUUUCGAAUUUUCCUUUUUUUUUUGAAAAUUUCAAAUUUUGUACGUCAAAAAAAUUAGUUUGUUACAACAAUUUUUCCAGUCCAUAUAACUGUCCAUUAGCUGAAUUCAUAGAGCGAAAUAUAAGCUUUGUUUAGCUUUUAUGUUCGAUUUUUUUCGUCCACUAUAAGUAAAGUUACAAUUUUUCAAAGUUCAGAACCAAAAAAAUUCUCAAAAAGGUCCACCCCCAGGAAAAACAUUUUUGCAUGUAAAAAUCCUCCGGGGUUUUUCUUACCUCCCCAGAUGUUAAAUCUACAAUUAAAAUACAAAAAAACUACACACACUACAGUACCCUUGUAUAUUUCAAGCACCAAACACACAACAGACACAUAUGUGGGAGCAUGCGCACACAAAAUACACACAUGUGUGUUGCGCGCGUCAGAAUGAAAAUUAGAAGCUGGAAUAGAACUUUUUGAGGGCCCCCUUUUUUUCCGUUUUUUUCGACUAAUCCGACGUAAAAUUGCAAGGCGGAUCUAAUGGAUCGAGUUAGAAAUUGCGGAAAUGGCGUUUAAGGAGGGAAAAUUAGCGUCAAAAUUUUUCCAUCAAUAUUGAAAAUUUAUUUUUGGAUUUCGGCAAUUCUAGUAAAUUCAGGAGUAAAGAGCGUCUCAAGAGCUACAAAAUCCUUUUUUGAUCAUCAAAAAAUAUGAAGUUUGAGCUGAGUUCUGAUUUUUUGAAAAAAUGCCCUUUUUCGCAUUCAUCACCCCCCACCAAAUUGGUGCAUCGAUUUUAUGGAAAAAAAUAUGGUGGAAAAUGUUCACCAUCCAUCCAUGUAUCAAUAAAAAAAUUUGAGCCGAUUCUAAAAUUACACCCUUUUUUGUUGUCCGACCCUAUUUGCCUUUUUGCAAAAAACGUCUUAAAAGACUUCAACCCCUCCAACUCAAUUUUCCAGAAAGAAAAUGACUACAAUCUUUUCAAAUUCUCUAUCACAAUUCUAUCCAUUUAUACAUUGAUCAUCGCAAUUUCUGUAACAAUCCUAGGAUUUAUGGAUCAUAAACCAUGGCAUGAUAAAAUUCUUCGAAUUCUCGAUUGGGCUCAACAUGGAAUUCCAGUAAUUAUCAUAAUUAAAGUUAUCGUUUUUAUGCUUCUGGCAGCUCAAGUUUGUAAUACUUAUCGUAUUCAAACAACAAUGAAUGAUGAGAAUUUUUCAUUUUUGAAUGAAACUAUGACAAAAAAUGGGAUCAAUAUCAGUUUUUUAUUGAGAGAUUCGUAUUUUACAAACACUACUUUGACUCAAGUUAUGGGAAUGGGAAGUGAGUCUAAUAAUUUUGUUUUGAAAAAUAAUUUUUCUUGAUUUUUUCAGAACAUGUUUAUGAUGCUCGCCCUGAUCAAUUCCAACCUAAUAUGAGUUCACGAAAUUUGAAAUUUUUCGAAGAAUACAUUACAUCUCCAGACUUUGAAUUUCAGCCAAAACAAUUUUUUGCACAUAUUUCCCGAAAAUUUAAAUUCCCGUUGAAAGAGGCUACCAAUUUCUUCACCGCCUAUUUUUUCUCCAUUUUAGUCGAUUCACAAACUCGUUGAUGAAAGAUGUUAUUGUACCUGUGAGCACACCGGUUUGGAUUAUGCGUGAGUUGUUUUCUGGGAUCCUAGGUUUUGAGAAGAAAGUAGAGCAUUUUUAGAUUAUUAUGAGCAAUUGUUUAUCUUCAAAAACCUUCCAUUUCAGUUUUCAUGCCAAUUUAUCACUUCGGAAUUGCAUUUUAUGUAAUGUUCGCAAUUCCAAAACUUCGCUAUGAUCGAGAAAUUUGGACAAAUGACAAUCUUAUUUGA